GAAAUCAGUUGGCGCCGUGAUGCGUGACCGACUUAAGGUCUCCUAUUAUCUAUUAUCAGAGGCGUAUUCCUACGAUGUAGAUAGCUUCCAUUAAAAGAUAGCGUUUCUUCAGUCUAUUCCUUUUCAAUAUCGGAUUAGGAGUUGGGUGUUUCCCUGGAUAACACAUAUGGCUAUACGGGCUUAAUAUUCUGCAUGUUUAUAUACCAGGAUGUGAAAGUCGAUGACGUCGAUAUUGUUGUAUGAAGUUGAACCACACUUUAUCCUUAUUUCAGUACAUUUAAUUUGCUCCGGCCUUCUUGGAAUAUCAAAGAACCAUGUUGACGAAAAAUGGUAAGCCGAUGAUAUCACUUUGCUUGGCAAUACUUUCUAGUUUUCUAAUGGCCGGACUAUUCAGGUUGGAUCUUGAUCGCUUCUCCUCGGCAACAGAUAACUUUAGAGACCCCUUAAUUCGUCAUUACAUGUCAGAAACAAACGCGGGAGAGGACGGAAUCAAUGAAAACUCACCAGAAGCUCACAGGGAUAGGUCUCCCCUAUUUCAAAAUAGAACUGUACAUUCGAAAGAAAGAGUACCUUGUUACCGUCAGAUCCAGCUAUGGAAGGGCAAAAGUAGCCCUUCAACGCCAGUAAAAUCAGAAUGCCCAGGUCUGAAGUGUGGCAUAAGUUUUGUCGAGGACACAAGUUAUGAGACUUUGGAGAAGAGUGAUGCAGUAGUUUUAUUUCAUAGAUCGAACUGGGAUUGGACAGAGAUGCAGAGAAGACGGCCACCAAAUCAAGCUUGGGUUUUUUAUUCUUUAGAGAGUCCACUGCACACGGGGGGAAACGCAAUUCCACCCGUUGAACUUGAUCGCAUAUACAACUUUACGAUGUCGUAUAGGCCAUCGUCAACGAUUCAUAGUCCGUAUGGUCUUUAUGAUAAAUCAAUACCACAAAUAUCAUCAGGAGAAAGUCGAAAUUGGGCAAAGGAGAAAAGCUCUUUGGUAGCAUGGGCUGCAUCCAAUUGCGGGGUAGCAUCCUGGCGCCGUCAUCAUUUUGUAAAAACACUUGCAAAUCACGUCAGAGUCGAUAUGUAUGGUCCUUGUGGAACAUUAGCUUGCGGCAGAUAUUCAGACGAUUGCUGGAAUAAAAUCAAGGCUCACAAAUUUUAUUUAUCAGUGGAGAACAGCGAAUGCAGGGACUACAUCACUGAGAAAUUCUGGUAUAACGCGCUCAUGCAUGACAUUGUACCCAUCGUCUAUGGUCCACCACGGGAAGAUUAUGAGCGCGUAGCGCCACCAAAUUCUUUUAUACAUUUACACGACUUCAGUAGCUUUCAUGAACUAGCAGAUUAUAUUAAUCUUCUUGAUUCUAAUGAUACCUUAUACAAUUCCUAUUUUGAAUGGAAAAAACAUGGUUCGGUUAGAAGAGUAGAUGAAAAUGUUGCUCUAAGUCCACCAUUUCUGUGUAAAGUGGUCUCGAAGGUAUUGGAUCAUGAACAAAAACUACAUGAUGGUCUUCAGCAGGAAGAAGUGCACCCUUCGAUCCAGGAUUAUUGGUCAACUUCGUGCCACAAACCGACAGGAUUUCCUCAUGAUUUUUAAAAUCUGUAGAAAAUUAAUGAUACUAACAAUGGAAAUUGUGUGUUCUAUUUAUGACAGCGGUGAUAAUAAACAACAAUAGCGCGGUACAGAUUCGAGUAACAUUGGAACCGUUGAAAAAAAAACACUAAAUACUUCAACUUCUCCAGUUACUAUUAUGAGAGAUGACUACAUCAACCAUUUUACUUUGGUGCUGACUCCAUGGUGUUUAUUUAAACAUCUACUUGUGUUACUUUGGUGUUGAAUUCUUGGUGCUAAUUUAAACACCCACUUAUGUACUUUGAUGAAAUAAUCGAUACUGCUUGGCGUUGUAUUCAAAAUACAUGGAGUAUCUUUGAAGUCGGAGGGUGCGGUGUGUUUACAGGCAAAGGUUUUGAAACAAUUAGGAGCGAGGUUAUUGGAUAUUUUGUAGACUCAAAUAGACUAGUGGUAGUUUAGUUUUAACACUUUGUCAUUGAAUAUUGCUUAAAAAGGUGUCUUUUGGGGGUUAGAUAAUCUGCAUCGAGGACCAACUUUGCAUAUCUGUUUUGCGUCCUCUGUAAUUUCCGUGCUUUGCACUUUCCCCAUUAUUAUGUGAACAAAUAAGAGCUUGAAAAUGAUAGAUGUUUAAGAAGGGGUUGCGUCGGUUUAAUCAUUCUCUUCCAUUGACGAGUGGAUACCAUGCGUGACCAAAAAACACGUACUAAGAAUCUCUCUUUCAAGACAGUGCACGUAUCGUAACAAGGGUUUCAAAGCACUUAAA